AGCAACAUAACAGCAUUCACCAAAAAGAACUAAACAAGAAACGGAUUUGCUUCGCUUUCUUCCGAGUCACUGUGUAAUUUACGUACAUAUAUUUUCUGUUAUUUGUUAAGAAAUAGAAUUUGUUUUCUGAAUACUGGUGUUGUUUUCUUACCUGUUAUAAACAUUUUUACACCUAAAUAUCACAGUUUCAUCAGGCUCUAAUAUGUGAGAAUAUACGAGUGACAUUACGUAAUUAUCACAGAUGUGAAGUAACUUUAUGUAUUACGAAUAAAAUAAUUCUAUGUACUCGGCCUAGUAUUAAUAAGAAAAAUAUAAUGGUAUACUGAUGCUAUUAACAAAUAAUACAAAAUAUGCGACUUUAUUUUAAAGCGUAAAUUAAAUAUUAAAGCAAUGGCUGGUUCUAUAGAAGAGGUUAGAAAUCCCUUGCCUACAAACAAAGGAUUUUCUGUUGUAAGGACGACAGUAUCUUAUGAAGAAAUUGCUACAAAACUUAUAAACGAAAAAUUUUUACUAACAGCUUUGGAAUUACAUGCGGAAUUAUGCGAAGCAGGAAGAGAAUUGUUAAUUCUUAAAGAAUAUUUUUCUAAUCCAAAUAAUUUCGAAAAUCAAAAUAUCAAACCAGAGCCUGAUACACCUAUGCGUAAGUUUAUUUUUUGGGUUAAUUAUGAUGCGCAUUCUUCAUACAUAUUUUUUAUUAAUUGA